AUGCCUCCCGCACCAAAGCGUCAACGCUCAGUCUCCCUCAUGGCUGCUACUGCUCAGGAUCAUCUCGACGUCGGCGGCGGCCGCCUCGCCUGGCUCUCUUCCCUCGACACCGCCUACAGCCCUCAGCACAACUACCGCCGCUCCUCCAUCAUCUGCACCAUUGGCCCCAAGACCAACUCGGUCGAGGCCAUCAACCGUCUGCGCGAUGCCGGCCUCAACGUCGUCCGCAUGAACUUCUCCCACGGCUCCUACGAGUACCACCAGUCCGUCAUUGACAAUGCCCGCAAGGCCGUCGCCACUCACCCUGGCCGCCCUUGCGCCAUUGCUCUCGACACCAAGGGCCCCGAGAUCCGAACUGGUAACACCACGGACGAUGCUGACCUGCCCAUUGCUGCCGGUGCCCUCAUCAACAUUACCACUGAUGACAAGUACAAGACGGCCUGCGACACCCAGAACAUGUACGUCGACUACAAGAACAUUACCAAGGUCAUCCAGCCUGGCCGCAUCAUCUACGUUGACGACGGUGUCCUCGCCUUCGACGUCCUCUCCAUCAAGGACGACCAGACCAUCGAGGCCCGUGCCCGCAACAAUGGCUUCAUCUCCUCUCGCAAGGGUGUCAACCUGCCCAACACCGAUGUCGAUCUACCCCCUCUGUCCGAGAAGGACAAGGCUGAUCUCAAGUUUGGCGUCGAGAACAACGUCGACAUGGUCUUUGCCUCCUUCAUCCGCUCCGGCCAAGACAUCAAGGACAUCCGCGAGGUCCUCGGCCCCAAGGGUGCUGGCGUCCAGAUCAUUGCCAAGAUUGAGAACCGCCAGGGUCUCAACAACUUCCCCGAGAUUCUUGCCGAGACGGACGGUGUCAUGGUCGCCCGUGGUGAUCUCGGCAUCGAGAUUCCCGCUGCCGAGGUUUUCGCCGCCCAGAAGAAGAUGAUUGCCAUGUGCAACCUGGCUGGCAAGCCCGUCAUUUGCGCCACCCAGAUGCUCGAGUCCAUGAUCAAGAACCCUCGCCCUACCCGCGCCGAGAUUAGCGACGUUGGCAACGCCAUCACCGAUGGCGCCGACUGUGUCAUGCUUUCCGGCGAGACCGCCAAGGGCAACUACCCCGCCGAGGCCGUCCGCGAGAUGCACGAGGCUUGCCUCAAGGCUGAGAACACCAUUCCCUACGUCUCCCACUUUGAGGAAAUGUGCAGCCUCGUCAAGCGCCCCGUUCGCACUGUCGAGUCCUGCGCCAUGGCCGCUGUCCGCGCCUCCCUCGAUCUCGGCGCCGGUGGCAUCAUUGUCCUCUCCACCUCUGGCGAGUCUGCUCGUCUUCUCUCCAAGUACCGCCCCGUCUGCCCCAUCUUCAUGAUCACCCGGAACGCCACCACCUCGCGCUUCGCUCACCUGUACCGUGGCGUCUACCCCUUCCUCUUCCCCGAGGCCAAGCCCGACUUCAGCAAGGUCAACUGGCAGGAGGAUGUCGACAAGCGCAUCAAGUGGGCUGUCAGCCAGGCUCUGCAGCUCGGCACCCUGACCACCGGCGACACCGUCGUCGUCGUCCAGGGCUGGAAGGGCGGCAUGGGCAACACCAACACUCUGCGCAUUGUCCGCGCCGAGCCCGAGCACCUUGGCAUUGGCGAGAUGUAA